GGAAAAAGCCGACGAACGCUCGCUGGCAGUCAGCAAGAAGCGUGUCGCAUGCACAGCUCGCUUGCAGGGCUGUCAUAGCUGCAAAUUGGCGGAUUUGAUUGGCGAAUUGAAGCUGCGGUAGCUGACUGAGAGAUGGGAAGGCUCUUCAUACAGGUGACUGACACGCGCACACGCAGAAUAAGAUAAAGGCAGGCAGCCAGCGAAGAGCAGCACAGACGAUAGGCAGCCGCAAGCAUGCUUUCGUUCGAUGUGUUGCGUUGCUGCUGCUGUUGCGUGUGUGUGUGCCCUGCCUGCAGUACUACGACAAGACGACGGCCCAUCGCUGCACCACUUGCGGGACGCACAUCACUGCCAAACAGCUGGUCAACUGGAUUGGGGUCAUGUAAGGCACCACGGGAGCACAGCAACGGACACCGACGGACCUUCUCACUCAUGGUAUGUGUGUCCUUCUUUUCACGAACGCCAUGCAGGGGUCAGCGGCAGCCUGCCAAGAACUAUGGCGACUGUAUCAAUGUCGACUUCAGCUCGGUAAGCUAAGCUCGACCAAUGCAUUGGACCACGUGUGUGUUGUGUGAUUCCCCUCAUCCAUUCACUCGCCCGUUUGUUUGUUCGUUCGUUCAUGUACGCCUGCCUGCAGGACUUUGAGCAGACGUUGAGUUCUGGGACGUACACGCUGCGGUCGGUGUACUGCCGUGUGUGCCGCAACUACCUGGGCUGGAAGUACGUCGCCUCGGGGACGGGCGACCCCGGGAACAAGGAGAAGGAGGGCACCUACAUGCUCCUGGACGAUAACCUGGAACCCAUCGAAGUCUGACACACGCUUAUACCUUACUGCCUGCCUGCCUGCCUGCCUUUGUGGGUAAUUUGCGCCUGUCCGUUGCUUUUUCUGUGCAGUGCAUGUCUAUGAGGGGGGUAUGGACGAACGAACGAGCGCGGUCGGCCCAUUUUGUUUUCUCUGUUUGCGGGCCGGGCCUGCAGAGCGGCUGCAGUGACUGGACGGCUGCUGUACCAUAGCUAGCAAGCACAAGAGAGGCAACGAGAGAGAUUCUUCUGCCGUGUAUAGAAGGGGAUUGCAAUCACUGCACCUGACCGGCAGACUAAGACAAACAGCCGAGAGCAGAGGUAGAGGCAGGUAGACAGGAGGGGGGGGGGGGG